UGUAGCAUACACCCACCUACAUACAUAUCCCUCUUGACCGUCCCGUCUUGCUUCAGCUCGAUCGACUUCCAACCAAAACCAAACUCAAGCAACACUUCUAGUCAUGGCAUCAACAGCCUCGACCCAGGCCGGCUUCCUACCCCCAUUCGAACUACGCAGGUUGGUUCGGCCGGUCUUCGCACCAGAUCAAAGCUCAUCCGAUGGGCCACCCCAGCCGGGACCGUCGAAGAACCCGGUGAUACGCUCGGUCGAUGGCCAUGGCCAAUUGCUCUGGGUCGGUUCGAACGACGGCCGCGUGAAAGGAUUGGAUAUCAAGGCACAUCUGACCCCGAGUCGGCCCCCUCACACUCGUGUGGCAUCAGAUACCGUCCGGCUAACCGACGCUGUCGACACCCAACCACGGCCCCACUCAGUCUCGGGAAGACUCUCUAAGCCGUCUAGUCCCCGACAAGCUGAAGUUGGAGUCGCCGUCCCUGAGGAUAUCAUCGAUACCAGCUGUUUUCAAGACUGCCAGGUAUUUCCGGCUACCGAUAAGUCGAAACUUAAACCAGUCGAGAAACUUAUCCUGGUGCCAAUGGUAGGCUUGGCUAUCAUUUUAUCAGAGGGAACUAUCACCUUCCAUUCGAUCACCGAUCUUCAGCCGUGUCCAUCUUCGUCAUUCCCAUUCAUCAGAGGGGUUUCUGCGGUAACAUUGGAUGAACUUACUUACAAUCCGAAUAAUCUCCAAUCGUCAAAUCAGCCCGACGAUGUCCUCAUGUGCGUGAUCAAGAAGAAGAGCAUAUUCCUCUACCUCUUGAGUAUGAAUGGCAUUCAGCAAGUACAUGAAGUGGCUUUUGCGUCGGCAACUUUCCAGUGUCUCCUUCGAGGAUCGACAUUGCUUCUCUCAGAUAUUGAACAGUAUUACCUAAUCUCAUUGGAAGAUCAACCGCCAGAAGUCAUGCCUCUGUUGCCUAUCUCUCAAAGCUCAGCACCAGUUCCCGAUGACCCGACCGUCACAUCUUCUCAGGCUACCCGCCAUCGUCCUUCAAUGGCAGCCAUUCCAAAUUCUCAGGAGUUCUUGCUCGCCUCACACACAGGUUCAACAUGUCUUGGCAUCUUUGUCUCUUCAUCGGGGGAUCCCUCGAGGGGGACCUUAGAGUGGCCAUCAAACCCACGCAGCGUAUCAGUGGAUUUGAAUCAUGUCCUGGCUCUGCUGUUCAAUGGGACCAUCGAAGUCCAUUUACUCGCCACCCAAGAACUGGUUCAUGUCAUCUCACUCCCCGACGGCCUGGACCCCCGAUCACUUGCAUCUGCCAAAUUCGGAAUCUCCCUUCCAGGCGAAUCGUAUACUUCUCAAUUGAAUACUAUCCCAUUUUGUUUGGAAACUCGUCCGAUACCCAACUGCGCCCAAAGUUCUUUGAAAGCCAAAAAUUCGAGCCGUGAAUCAUGUCUGUCAGCAGCAACUCACUCUCGAAUACUGUUGGUUGGUCGUGACGCACUAUACGCCUUAGCCACGCGCACCUUCUUAGCCGAAGUAGAGACGUUGAUCAAGCAAAACAGAUGGGAUGAUGCGCUCCUCUUGGCCGGGCGGUCGUCAGAAUCUUUCCAGCGGGGCACAUCCUCCACACCCUCACCAACUCGACGAUCUCAAACACGACGGGCCGAAUUGGAUAAUUCCGCACAGGUCACUCAGUUACAUUACAUCUUCCAAAAAAUCGCCUUGCAUUAUCUCGUCGAGUGUCGCUUUGAAGAGGCUGGCAAUCUCUGGUUCCAAGGACAUGGUGAUCCUCGCAUCUUUCUCCGAUUGUUCCCACUACUGGUGGCCAAUAAUCUUUGUAAAACUGAUACUUUGAAGAUCUUUAGCGGGUUGGAAGAGAUGAUUCGGGAUGUAAGAAGUGCUGAAGAAUUGAUUACACUUAAUUUAGUACGGAAUUAUUCGCCACACAUCAAGCCUGAUGUCGACACUGCACUUCCGACGGUCGAUCUUAAGGCUCAGUUGCACGAAAAGUCCCGUCAGGUCUUGCUUCGUUAUCUGAGACGGUGGAGGAGAGAUAGACUUUUGAAGGGUGGAGCGUCGGAUUCAAAUCGACACUUGGAUUCCAUCAUCGAUACCGCUCUUGUCCAACUCUUAUCCGAACGCCGUCAGGUCGAUCCUGAAGCUUAUUCAACUCUCAGACAGAUACUCGAACGACCCAAUUCUUGCGUCUUUGCUGAAAUCGAACCCGUCUUACUUGAAAAUAAAUGCUUUUGUAUCCUCGCCGAAAUCUACUUGAAGCGUAAACAUAUUCCUGAAGCUUUUGACAUUUGGGCCAAGCUACAUGAUAAAGUGUAUGAAGAUGAAGACUUCCGUUAUGACCUAGAACGAAUGGCCUCAGUUCUAUUGCACUACGAUCAAGUGGAUUUGGUGCUGAAGUAUGCGACAUGGAUGGCACCUCUGAACUGCAACUUGGCAGUCAAGAUUCUAGUGGAAGCCAAAGUAGCGAGCAGUUUUAAUGUCGACACCACCUUUGAAAGCUUAUGUGAAGUCAGUCAGGAGGCUGCUGAGUUUUAUUUGGAAGAAGCCAUCUCACGUGAAUCUCGAGAAGCGGGGAAUGGGAAACGGAAGAGCGAUGGUUUGGUAGACAAGCAGAUUGCCAAUCGGCUCAUCAACCUCCGCACCAAGCUCAUCUUAGGAUACUUGAACAAGAUGAAGGGUCUGUUGCGCAACACCGAAGACGGGCCCUCGCCCACGAUGCUUUUCUUCCGGGGUCUAGUUGAGCAGUUCAUGACGAACGCGGAGGACGAAGAGUUCAAACCGCAAUCCUUCGUCGAUCUUCUUCUAGAGGUCUCACUUCCAGAGAGUUCCGAUGAUCAGACGUCUUCGCAGCUCUCGGACGCACUCGCAACGCGUGCCAAACUCUUGCUCUGUCUCGACCAGUCAGACUCCGAUCAAUCCAACUACGAUGCCCAGCAAAUCCGGUCGAUUAUCGAGGAUAUGGGCGGGUCUGCAGAGCUACUGGCGGUUGAACGUGCGAUGGUCUAUUCCAAGAUCGGCUUACAUCGUCUAGCACUUUCUUUAUUGGCAUUGACCUUGAAAGAUAUCCGGUCGGCAGAGACGUACUGCAUGCAACGCGGCACGAUACUGUCUUCAGGGCAGAGGGCGGGCUUAGUGGAGAAAGCUGGGAAUUCUACGGGAGGAAACGAGAGGGGAGGGAGAGAAGAUGGAGAAUCGACGGACUCACUGAUCGGGAUCCUGUUCGACCUGUUGAUCAAUUCGGCAGUCUCAUCAUCCACUUCGGCCCGUCAAGUCCAACACCUUCUCGCCCGCCAUCCCGCCCGGAUCCCGCUCCACUCUAGCCUCGAAAGAUUGCCCGAAAACUGGCGCCUCGACCCGCUUCUCGUCGCCCCGUAUCUCUCCCGCGCGGUCCGCAAAUCUUGCCAUCUCACCCAUGAGGCAACCAUCGUUAAAGCGAUCGCGCUCGGUAAUCAUAUCUCCCUGGCAGUCGCAUACGAUGACCUCCUCCUCUUUCGUGACCAUAAAAAUUAAAGAAGAAAAAACCUCACUCUUUCUUCAAUCUUUCGCUGGGGCUACUCUUGUCUUUUUCCUCUUCAAAAAUUCCGUCAAACCCUGUCUCCAACUCAUCGUUUUUCAUUCUUCUUCCUUCCUCCUUAUCUAUCACUUG